CAAAUAAAUAAUAGCAAUGUUUGGCGAACUUCGUAGAAUGAAUAUGCGUCAGAUCGCAUUACAGAUACUCAACAUUUUAACCAUCGGAGCAACUGCUCUUAUGGUCUGGAAAGGAUUAGGUCUUGUAACAAAUACCGAGAGUCCUAUCGUUGUAGUUUUGAGUGGAAGUAUGGAACCUGCAUUUCAUCGCGGUGAUUUAUUGUUCCUUACGUUACCAAGAAAUGACAAUGUAGCCAUCAAUGAUAUAUGUGUUUUCAAGUUACCCGGACGCGAUAUCCCUAUUGUUCAUAGAGUUUUAAAGAUUCAUCAAGACGAAACCGGAAAAGAAUAUCUCUUGACAAAAGGAGAUAAUAACGCGAGAGACGACCGUGUGUUGUAUGACAGAGGGCAAAUGUGGAUCAAUAAAGAGCAUCUUGUUGGAAAAGUAAAGGGCUUCUUGCCUUAUGUUGGCAUGGUGACAAUCAUGAUGAACGACUAUGCAUGGAUGAAAUAUGCUGUCUUGGGCGUACUCGGCUUCUUUGUGCUUAUUCAUAGAGAGUAAAAGAGAGGCUUAACAAAAC